AUGUUAAGAACUAUUAGGAUUCUUUCGGAUGCCAGAGAACUAUCCACGUUUCCGAAUCUGAACGGCACCAGCGCCCUGGAGAUAUUGAGGUUGGACCGGGCGGGGAUUUCUUCGGUGCCAGAAUCGUUGUGCAGCACGUGCCCCAGGUUAAAAAGUCUUGAUCUAAAGUCCAACAAACUAAAUGCAGUUCCCGAUUUAAACAAAUGUAAAGAUAUGAGAGUUCUAGAUCUUGCCAGUAACAAUAUUCGAGAUAUCGAAGGACGGCCAUUUCGGGGGAUGUACCUAAUGCAUGAUUUGCUGCUAGCGCACAAUCUGAUCGAGUAUAUUCCACAAGAUGCCUUCUAUAAUUUAUCCAAGCUGCAAGUUCUGGAUCUUGAAGAUAACAAAAUAUCAUAUAUCCAUCCAGAUUCAUUUAUGCCAAUAGCUAGGAUUGAAGAUCUAUCACAGUUUCAUUUAUAAAAUAUUAGCCAAAAAUUCGGAAAGAAAUUCGGCGAGAUCUGGGAAAACAUCCGAUCGGACUUCACUUACCCCGGAAACUUUCCUUCCUACAUAGAAGAAUACGCUGCUGAGGACGAUCCUACUCUCAGAAUACCGGGAGAAAUCACCGGAGUUCCUGGAAAGAUUCAAUGCUUACCAUUGCCUGGACCGUUCCUUCCUUGUCAGGAUCUCUUUGAUUGGUGGACGUUGAGAUGUGGAGUAUGGAUAGUUUUCUUGUGUGCCAUGCUGGGAAAUGGUACGGUGGUAUUCGUACUUAUAUUUUCCAGAAGCAAGAUGGAUGUACCGAGAUUUUUAGUUUGUAAUUUGGCUGCAGCUGAUUUUUUUAUGGGAAUAUAUUUAGGGUUUCUGGCUGUUGUCGACGCCUCCACUCUUGGUGAAUUCCGCAUGUACGCCAUUCCUUGGCAGAUGUCGGCCGCAUGCCAACUUUCUGGUUUCUUAGGCGUGCUGAGCUCCGAGCUGUCGGUUUGGACGCUUGCUGUCAUCACUUUAGAACGGAACUACGCCAUCACGCACGCCAUGCAUCUCAACAAGAGACUUUCCCUGAAACAUGCCGGAUAUAUUAUGAUUUGUGGUUGGAGUUUCGCAAUCGUGAUGGCUAUAAUGCCAAUUUUCAACAUCUCGGACUAUAGAAAAUUUGCAGUGUGUCUACCGUUCGAGAUAAGUGAUACUGUCAGUCUGGCUUACGUAGUGUUUCUAAUGUUUAUAAACGGAAUAGCUUUUCUAAUUCUUAUGGGUUGCUAUCUUAAAAUGUACUGUGCUAUUAGAGGCUCGCAAGCAUGGAACUCCAACGAUUCCAGGAUUGCCAAACGUAUGGCCCUAUUAGUGUUUACAGACUUUCUUUGUUGGUCUCCCAUAGCCUUUUUCUCUCUCACAGCAGCAUUUGGACUGCAACUUAUCUCCUUAGAGCAAGCCAAAGUGUUCACAGUGUUUGUACUGCCAUUAAAUUCGUGUUGUAAUCCAUUUUUGUACGCAAUACUUACAAAACAAUUUAAAAAAGACUGCGUCAUGAUAUGCAAAGCUAUAGAAGAAAGCAGAGUGACCAGAGGCAUUGGAAGAUGUAGGCACAGCUCUAAUUUCAGCAAUAGGCAAACUCCAGCCAAUACCAACAGUCUCGCUGAUAGAUCGUCCAGAGAGAAGCAAGAGCAUCAUGUACCUCAAUGUACUUGUAAUGCUAAGCUACUUGGUGAUAACCAGAACCAACAGAAGAACAAAAAAGACAGGAAAACCACAACUAGAGAAUGGUUGCUAAAUAAGGCUCGAUGGCUGUUUUGUGUACGACGACCUACUAGGCACAGGCCCAGGAAUGAUCAGUAUACUUAUCAGAUAGCAGAAAUUCAACAGAAGCAGCAUAAGAGGGCUUCGUCGGUGUCGUCUAGUGAAAACUUUAGCUCUUCUAGAUCAGACUCUUGGCGCCAUAACCACCACUGUGGCAUUCCCUUGCGUCUACUGGACCCUAAACGACGAGCUUCUUCAUGGCUUAUUACUAGAAAGACUUCUCAAGACUCCAAUCUCUCCAGUUCGAGAAAUGACUCGUCUGGAUCAGCCACCACUGCCAGUACCAGCACUUGGCGGAUAUCUCGGUCAAGCAACUCGAGCGAGCCGUCAAGAGGUAGGGUAAAACCUCGACUGACACGCCAGUGUGCCAUACAGGACGAGUCUGAACCUCCAGGUUCUCCCGGUAGACUAACAGUCCGAUUCCUCACCACCAUUCCCUCAGCUGCCGAGAACAGCAUGCAACUAGAAGACGAUCAACCUUCUGUUCUAAUAAAUCCUAGUCCAACGAUACUCGUUAGUCCUGCCAAAGAACGCGAAGGACCUCUGUAUGCCAUCUUGCAUUCUACACCAGUAGCGCCAGCACGAAGGCAAUCCAUAGUGACCCUCCACCCAGCCGAAAGUAUUCGGGAGUCUCUGGCGAGCACGGAGAACGAGAAAACCACUCAGAAUAAUUCUAGUCAAGAAAAUAGCAGUCAUUCGACGAAUCACUGCAAUUCUAGAUAA